AUGAAAACAACGUCACCAAGUAGCAUUGAUGUGAUUGAAAUGCAUAAGGAAAAUAUAAACCCGUUACUGGGAGGGAGGUCAAUAACAAAAUUAACGGAAACAAUCAAGAACUCAAACAAAAAUGAAUAUUUUCAAACUAAAUCACGACUACAAGAAGAAAAGGAUCAGUUUGAAUUAAAGUUACAAUCAAUAGAUGAACUAGAUGAUCCGUUACAAUUAUAUCUCGACUAUAUUGAUUGGACUCAUAGAAACUUUCCUCAGGGUGCUAAUUCCGACAGCAAUCUAAUAAAUUUAUUGGAAAGAUGUACCUCAAACUUCAGGGACAUAAAUCAAUAUAAAAAUGAUUCCAGAUAUAUUAAAGUUUGGCUCGAAUAUACAAAAUAUUGCGAUACUCCACGAGAUGUUUAUGUUUACUUGGCUAAAAAAGAGAUUGGAAAUCAAUCAGCAUUAUUUUACGAAGAAUUUGCCCAACAUUUGGAAGUUUCCGGAAAGUAUGUUGAUGCUAAUCAAAUCUAUGAAUUAGGAAUACAGAAUAAAGCAUUCCCCUUGGCGAGACUACAGCGAUCCUACGAUAGCUUCAAAAAGAGAUGGGAACUACAAGAAAAUGAAAUGUCAUCUUCAAGAGGGGAGAUGGGUAAUGUUUUAGCAUUAAAAAGGGGUUCUGCAUUACAAUCAAUAGACAAAGAAUUACCACUUAAAAAAAAAUCUAGAGUUGAUAUUUAUCAAGAUAAUUCAGAUACUGGUCAAAGUGUGAUAUCUUCAAUAUUUGGAAAUAAUCAGGGUCAAAAUCUAGACCUAGAGCUGAAAAAGGAAAGAAUUAAAGAGAACAUAAUAAUCCCUACACAAUGGAAUGGUCAAGUACUAAAGCAAAAAGGUUUAAUUCGUCACAGUAGUUCUGAUAAAGUUCAAAUAUUUUGCGACCAAUCAAGUCCUAAUUUCAACCAACCGAAUGCAGAUUAUCAAAGUCUGAGUCAAAUUGAUGAGAAAAAUUUAGUUUACACGUUAGUUCAAAUGCCAAAUAAAAGAGCUGAAAAAAUAAUGAUAAAUUCAGAGUUAUUGUAUCCAAAUGAUCAUGAAGAAAACUCGAUGCUCGAAGUCUUAGUUAGACAAAAGUUUUAUUUAAAAUCAUCGAAACAGAAGUUGCAUCCUGUCAUUAAAGAUAGUGAUAAAAAUGCUGAGAUGACAGUUCUCGAGGAGACCAAGUCCUUUGCGAUACCCAUAAACGAUGACACAAUCUCAUCUAAACCAACAAAUGAUCCGACCGUUACAUCUUUUUCAAAAUUGGCUAAAAAUGAAGUUCUAGGGAUGUUCAACCUGGUAUUGCAUGAAAACGAAGAUUUGCAUGAUCUGGAUGAAGAAAAAAUGAAUGAUGCUACUUUGACCAAUUUUGAUGGUUUCGUUACGGAAACUUUGCAUUCAACAAAACAAAUCUCAAAAGUUAAUAAGCAUCAUGGUAUGCAGCAAAUUGGUAUUCCGAAUCGGUCAGGUGGUAAAGUUAGUAAUUAUCAUGCAAGUUCGGGGUUCUCAACUGGUGUUCACGAAGCAAAAUCUGAUUCUUCGAUUAAUUUAACUUAUCCACUUACUUUAGAAAUGCAAGAAUCGAUAAUUGACAGUUUAUCCAUUCCAAUCACAACUUAUCCUGGAUACAUCAACAAUUCAUCAUUGGUAAACAAUAAGUUAAAAGGUUUGAAGGAAAUGAUAAGAAAUACUCAGAGACUUAUAAAAGGCACUCGACUGACGUUGAUUGAUUAUUUGGGUGAGGAAGUGUAUUCAAUUAUAGAAGUGAUGAAUGAAGACGACGAUACAUAUCUAGUCGAAAGCGGACUAGGGAAUUUAAAGCUUUUGAAAUUGAUGGAGCCCACUUCAAGAUGGGAGUUUUAUAUUAUUCAUAGAAUUCACAGAAAAUUAUUAGGCAAGCCAGAAUUAUCCAAGUUUUAUAUUAAAUCAGAUGUAUUGCAUUAUUUUAAGGAUGAAAGCUUUUUAUUGUUAGACCACACUUGUCAUCGUAAAAGCUUAAGCAUGGUAAUAAAAUCUAUCAGAACCAAAUACGGUAAGAUUAAUGAAUUGUUCUGUAUUUUCAUCGCAAUAGAGUUAUUAAAAGCAAUUAAAUCAUUACAUGAUAUUGAUAUCGUGCAUGGGAACUUGAAAUUGGAGAAUAUUUUAAUUAAUUUUGAGCUAGAAGAUAAUCGUUUGUGGUCACUGCAAAUCAGUAACUUUGAACAAAAUUUUUGGGAUAAGAAAAAUAUUAUAUUAUUUAAUUUCAAAGAUGCUUUGGAUUUUGGAGAAGUGAGAAAAGCUUCUAAUCGGAAUAUGGUUAAAGUGAACGGGUUUGAUGAAAAUUUAUUAUUCAUGAAUGAUUACAAAAGUGUAUUUAAUAUUUUACAUCUGUUGGUAUACGGGGACGAAGUAUCGUCUAAGACAGAUUCUAUUCAAUUUAUUGCAGGAAACUUAUGGCGUCAACUUUUUGAAACAUUGAAGAGGGAUGAUGAUAUACCUAAUUUGAAUUUAAUGCAUUCUACUAGAGACGAAUUAGAAAAAUGCCUUAAAGAACAUUCAAGGUCGGAAACUUUAAAGGCCUUUAUCAAAGAAUUUGAGUCAAUUUGGAUUUAA